AUGAAGCUUUCCAAACUAUUCUCAGUGUCUUGCCUUGCGGGCGGCGCUCUUUCAGCCAGUUGGAUCGUUCCAGGUGCUGUAUGGACAGACACAGCGGGCAAUAAAAUCGAUGCUCAUGGCGGAAAUGUUGUGCAGCGUGGGGAUACCUUUUACUGGGUUGGACAGAGUGCCAGUCAAAAUGAGAUUCCUCUGAUGUAUUCGUCGACAGACUUGUUGAAUUGGACGCCACUUGGUGCUCAGAACAGUUUACAGUACCUUUGGAGGCCUAAAAUUGCAAAGCCCAAUGGUAGUUUCUGGAUAUAUGGGCAAUUGAAUCGGAACAUUCAAUCCAUGGUGUCUACACAAAUGGUGGGAGGAUACAAACUCCAUGGCGCUGCGGUAACCAUUCCGCCAAAUGGAUACACAUACUCGGACACUGGCAUGUUUCAAGACACCGAUGGAUCUUGGUAUAUCCUCACCAGCGCCGACCAUAACAUCGUCCAAAUUAAUAAACUCAACUCCGAUGGCAGUAUCGGCGCUCGCGCUUCUCAACUUGCCGCCGGUGCCUACGAAGCCCCCGGAAUUCUCAAAGUAAGCGGCACCUACUACCUCAUCGUCUCCGGCAAAACCGGCUGGCGCUCCAAUCCGAACAAAGUAUUCAGCGCGCCCUCUAUCGCAGGUCCCUGGACCGGCCCCUCCAACAUCGCACCCGAAGCCGAAAAGACCUAUAACUCACAGAACACAUUCGAGUUGACCAUCGCGGGCUCCCAAGCUACGACGUAUAUUUAUAUGGGCGAUAGUUGGGAUUCGAAGGGUGGGCCGAAUAGCAACCAUGUUUGGUUGCCGAUUAAGGUUGAUGGGUCGAAGAAGACGUUGACAUUGGAUUGGCAUGCUAUGUGGAAGGUUGAUGUUAAAACUGGGGUUGUGAGUUUUCCAAAGGCGGGGAGGAGGUAUGAGGUUGCUGAUGCAGAGGUGAUUGGGAAGAGAGGAGUUGUGGGGAAAGUGGAUUCGGAGAGUGAGGUCGUGUUUCGAAAUGUCACUGGUGAGGGGGGGAAGCAGUGGGUUUCGUUUCAUUAUGCUGUCAACAAUCGGAGUGCUGGCGAAGCGCAUAUCUCUAUCAACGAUCAGCAAGUCCCCACCAACAUAUCUUCUUUGAACUCAAACGCCGGUUUCCAUAAUACGGUUCCAGUCGAAAUCGUGCUUGAGAAGGGGGAUAAGAACGUCAUUAGGUUUGGAGCAAUGGGCGAGACUGGAUUUGAGGUCACGAUUGAUGGGAUUGAAGUCUUUGAUGAUCGUGAGGAGCUUUGA